AAAAUAAUUUAAUUGCAAAUGAAUAUAAUAAAUUGAAGGCAAUUUAUGAAUAUUUUCAAUUAAUAAUUUUAGAUAAAUAUAAAAAUAAGUAUAAAAUUGCAAGUCAAGAAGCUGCUAACAAAGUCUAUAUUAAACCUAAAUCGGAUAGAAAAUUAUCCAAAAAAAAUUCUUUAAUUGAAAAUUUAGAAGUUAAAAAACAAGUUAAAAAUUGGAUAGAUUCUCAAGGUAGCACUGUAACUUCUGAAAAAUUUAAAACUUUUGUAGAAAAAGAAUUUUUGGAUAAACUAAUUUGUAAAAAAACAGCAAUCA